AUGUCUCUGGGCCAGGGAGGAGCCCCUUCUGGAGGGAGCGACCCCCGCGAGGGAACGGAGGGAGAUGGUGACGGGAGAUGGAGCACACAGCAGGGAGGUGCAGAGGAAGAGGUGCAGUCUGUCAGGGGGUCCGAAGGCAGGAAGGUAAGCUGGAUACAACAAUCAUAGGAUUAAUGAAAAGUUGUUUAAAAGUGACAUAGGCUAACAUCUGUGUGCAUGUGCAUGUGUGUCAGAGUGCGGUGAGUGUGAUGUCUAUGAGUGUGGUCCUCUGUAGCUCAAUUGGUAGAGCAUGGCGCUUGUAACGCCAGGGUAGUGGGUUCGAUCCCCGGGACCACCCAUACGUAAAAAUGUAUGCACGUGUGACUGUAAGUCGCUUUGGAUAAAAGCGUCUGCUAAAUGGCAUAUUAUUAUUAUUAUUAUGAAGGAGGAGUGGUCAGAAGCAGCUGGAGGAUGUGAAACAGAAGCUGGAGGAGAAAGGGAGUCAGAUAGAUACCAUGCUAGAGGGAGAUGACUCAGGUGAGAGACUACAACUGCCUCAGAGGACAAAGUAGUCAAAUAACAUGAUAUAUUUCACUGUUCUGUUUGGAUUCUUUUUAGUGUGUCAUGUUUAGCGUUGCAAUCAGGAGGGAAUAAGUAGGAAAUCCGUGAGUCCUCCAAACAAGAUUUCUGGAAAAAAUGGAAUUUUGGCAAAGUUACCAGAAUUUUGCAACCCUAGUCAUGUUACUAUAAAAACUGCUUGAGAAUUAACCAGUCCCUUUCAUUCCAUAUUGUGAUUCCCAUGUCCACCUGUACGUACAGUGGGGAGAACAAGUAUUUGAUACACUGCUGAUUUUGCAGGUUUUCCUACUUACAAAGCAUGUAGAGGUCUGUAAUUUUUAUCAUAGGUACACUUCAAUUGUGAGAGACGGAAUCUAAAACAAAAAUACAGAAAAUCACAUUGUAUGAUUUUUAAGUAAUUAAUUUGCAUUUUUUUUAUUGCAUGACAUAAGUAUUUGAUACAUCACAAAAGCAGAACUUAAUAUUUGGUACAGAAACCUUUGUUUGCAAUUACAGAGAUCAUACAUUUCCUGUAGGUCUUGACCAGGUUUGCACAUACUGCAGCAGGGAUUUUCGCCCACUCCUCCAUACAGACCUUCUCCAGAUCCUUCAGGUUUCGGGGCUGUCGCUGGGCAAUACGGACUUUCAGCUCCCUCCAAAGAUGUUCUAUUGGGUUCAGGUCUGGAGACUGGCUAGGCCACUCCAGGACCUUGAGAUGCUUCUUACAGAGCCACUCCUUAGUUGCCCUGGCUGUGUGUUUCGGGUCGUUGUCAUACUGGAAGACCCAGCCACGACCCAUCUUCAAUGCUCUUACUGAGGGAAGGAGGUUGUUGGCCAAGAUCUCGCGAUACAUGGCCCCAUCCAUCCUCCCCUCAAUACGUUGCAGUCGUUCUGUCCCCUUUGCAGAAAAGCAUCCCCAAAGAAUGAUGUUUCCACCUCCAUGCUUCACGGUUGGGAUGGUGUUCUUGGGGUUCUACUCAUCCUUCUUCUUUCUCCAAACACGGCGAGUGGAGUUUAGACCAAAAAGCUCUAUUUUUGUCUCAUCAGACCACAUGACCUUCUCCCAUUCCUCCUCUGGAUCAUCCAGAUGGUCAUUGGCAAACUUCAGACGGGCCUGGACAUGCGCUGUCUUGAGGAGGGGGACCUUGCGUGCGCUGCAGGAUUUUAAUCCAUGACGGCGUAGUGUGUUACUAAUGGUUUUCUUUGAGACUGUGGUCCCAGCUCUCUUCAGGUCAUUGACCAGGUCCUGCCGUGUAGUUCUGGGCUGAUCCCUCACCUUCCUCAUGAUCAUUGAUUCCCCACGAGGUGAGAUCUUGCAUGGAGCCCCAGACCGAGGGUGAUUGACCGUCAUCUUGAACUUCUUCCAUUUUCUAAUAAUUGUGCCAACAGUUGUUGCCUUCUCACCAAGCUGCUUGCCUAUUGUCCUGUAGCCCAUCCCAGCCUUGUGCAGGUCUACAAUUUUAUCCCUGAUGUCCUUACACAGCUCUCUGGUCUUGGCCAUUGUGGAGAGGUUGGAGUCUGUUUGAUUGAGUGUGUGGACAGGUGUCUUUUAUACAGGUAAUGGGUUCAAACAGGUGCAGUUAAUACAGGUCAUGAGUGGAGAACAGGAGGGCUUCUUAAAGAAAAACUAACAGGUCUGUGAGAGCCGGAAUUCUUACUGGUUGAUAGGUGAUCAAAUACUUAUGUCAUGCAAUAAAAUGCAAAUUAAUUACUUUAAAAAUCAUACAAUGUGAUUUUCUGGAUUUUUGUUUUAGAUUCCGUCUCUCACAGUUGAAAUGUACCUAUGAUAAGAAUUACAGACCUAUACAUGCUUUGUAAGUAGGAAAACCUGCAAAAUUGGCAGUGUAUCAAAUACUUGUUCUCCCCACUGUAUGUCCUGUCCAGGUGAGGGAGACUCCGCCCCCACUCCAAUGGACCCAGUGAUUGACAGCUAUGCGGAUCAAGUGGUGGACCUGUAGCAGUACACGCCCCUGGGAGGAGUCUUCUACUGUGAUGUGUUCUGUCUGCCGCCACAGUCCCAACAACUCAACGGAUGGGAGAUGAGAGAGGUGAACCAGAACCACCAAGUACAGCACGUACCAUUUCUGACAGCAGUUUCCCUUCCUACCACUCAGUGUAAUGGUCCUGUGUAGCUCAGUUGGUAGAGCAUGGCGCUUGCAACGCCAGGGUUGUGGGUUCGAUUCCCACCGGGGGCCAGUAUGAAAAAAUGUAUGCACUCACUAACUGUAAGUCACUCUGGAUAAGAGCGUCUGCUAAAUUACUAAAAUCUCAAUCUAAAAUCUAAUGGACUGUCACUGAAUGUGUAAACUCCUCGAUAAAGUACAACUCCUCUUUGCAGUUGUUAGAUAUGAUGCAUUAAUCAAGGAGACUAGAUAGCCUUGAGGAAAGUAACAGAAACACUUCUGCCUUUAUUUCUUUAAGUUAACAUUAGUGUCUCUCGCCCCAACCCCCAACUGUUGGACACAGGGCUGCAGCCGUUCCCCUACCACACAGACCAGUCCCAGAUCCAGGGGACGGUGGGGUCCUGACCUGUCCCCCUGCCUGACUCUGUCCUGUUGCUGGAGGACCCCCAAAAGGUAGAAAUCCGUGAGUCCUCCAAACAAGAUUUCUGGAAAAAAUGGAAGUUUGGCAAAGUACCAGAAUUUUGCAACCCUAGUCAUGUUACUAUAAAAACUGCUUGAGAAUUAACCAGUCCCUUUCAUUCCAUAUUGUGAUUCCCAUGUCCACCUGUACGUACAGUGGGGGGAGAAACAAGUAUUUGAUACACUGCUGAUUUUGCAGGUUUUCCUACUUACAAAGCAUGUAGAGGUCUGUAUUUUUAUCAUAGGUACACUUCAAUUGUGAGAGACGGAAUCUAAAACAAAAAUACAGAAAAUCACAUUGUAUGAUUUUUAAGUAAUUAAUUUGCAUUUUUUUUAUUGCAUGACAUAAGUAUUUGAUACAUCACAAAAGCAGAACUUAAUAUUUGGUACAGAAACCUUGUUUGCAAUUACAGAGAUCAUACAUUUCCUGUAGGUCUUGACCAGGUUUGCACAUACUGCAGCAGGGAUUUUCGCCCACUCCUCCAUACAGACCUUCUCCAGAUCCUUCAGGUUUCGGGGCUGUCGCUGGGCAAUACGGACUUUCAGCUCCCUCCAAAGAUGUUCUAUUGGGUUCAGGUCUGGAGACUGGCUAGGCCACUCCAGGACCUUGAGAUGCUUCUUACAGAGCCACUCCUUAGUUGCCCUGGCUGUGUGUUUCGGGUCGUUGUCAUACUGGAAGACCCAGCCACGACCCAUCUUCAAUGCUCUUACUGAGGGAAGGAGGUUGUUGGCCAAGAUCUCGCGAUACAUGGCCCCAUCCAUCCUCCCCUCAAUACGUUGCAGUCGUUCUGUCCCCUUUGCAGAAAAGCAUCCCCAAAGAAUGAUGUUUCCACCUCCAUGCUUCACGGUUGGGAUGGUUGUUCUUGGGGUUCUACUCAUCCUUCUUCUUUCUCCAAACACGGCGAGUGGAGUUUAGACCAAAAAGCUCUAUUUUUGUCUCAUCAGACCACAUGACCUUCUCCCAUUCCUCCUCUGGAUCAUCCAGAUGGUCAUUGGCAAACUUCAGACGGGCCUGGACAUGCGCUGUCUUGAGGAGGGGGACCUUGCGUGCGCUGCAGGAUUUUAAUCCAUGACGGCGUAGUGUGUUACUAAUGGUUUUCUUUGAGACUGUGGUCCCAGCUCUCUUCAGGUCAUUGACCAGGUCCUGCCGUGUAGUUCUGGGCUGAUCCCUCACCUUCCUCAUGAUCAUUGAUUCCCCACGAGGUGAGAUCUUGCAUGGAGCCCCAGACCGAGGGUGAUUGACCGUCAUCUUGAACUUCUUCCAUUUUCUAAUAAUUGUGCCAACAGUUGUUGCCUUCUCACCAAGCUGCUUGCCUAUUGUCCUGUAGCCCAUCCCAGCCUUGUGCAGGUCUACAAUUUUAUCCCUGAUGUCCUUACACAGCUCUCUGGUCUUGGCCAUUGUGGAGAGGUUGGAGUCUGUUUGAUUGAGUGUGUGGACAGGUGUCUUUUAUACAGGUAAUGGGUUCAAACAGGUGCAGUUAAUACAGGUCAUGAGUGGAGAACAGGAGGGCUUCUUAAAGAAAAACUAACAGGUCUGUGAGAGCCGGAAUUCUUACUGGUUGAUAGGUGAUCAAAUACUUAUGUCAUGCAAUAAAAUGCAAAUUAAUUACUUUAAAAAUCAUACAAUGUGAUUUUCUGGAUUUUUGUUUUAGAUUCCGUCUCUCACAGUUGAAAUGUACCUAUGAUAAGAAUUACAGACCUAUACAUGCUUUGUAAGUAGGAAAACCUGCAAAAUUGGCAGUGUAUCAAAUACUUGUUCUCCCCACUGUAUGUCCUGUCCAGGUGAGGGAGACUCCGCCCCCACUCCAAUGGACCCAGUGAUUGACAGCUAUGCGGAUCAAGUGGUGGACCUGUAGCAGUACACGCCCCUGGGAGGAGUCUUCUACUGUGAUGUGUUCUGUCUGCCGCCACAGUCCCAACAACUCAACGGAUGGGAGAUGAGAGAGGUGAACCAGAACCACCAAGUACAGCACGUACCAUUUCUGACAGCAGUUUCCCUUCCUACCACUCAGUGUAAUGGUCCUGUGUAGCUCAGUUGGUAGAGCAUGGCGCUUGCAACGCCAGGGUUGUGGGUUCGAUUCCCACCGGGGGCCAGUAUGAAAAAUGUAUGCACUCACUAACUGUAAGUCACUCUGGAUAAGAGCGUCUGCUAAAUUACUAAAAUCUCAAUCUAAAAUCUAAUGGACUGUCACUGAAUGUGUAAACUCCUCGAUAAAGUACAACUCCUCUUUGCAGUUGUUAGAUAUGAUGCAUUAAUCAAGGAGACUAGAUAACAUUAGUGUCUCUCGCCCCAACCCCCAACUGUUGGACACAGGGCUGCAGCCGUUCCCCUACCACACAGACCAGUCCCAGAUCCAGGGGACGGUGGGGUCCUGACCUGUCCCCCUGCCUGACUCUGUCCUGUUGCUGGAGGACCCCCAGAUGGCCUGCUGGGACCCUGAAGGUGAGAGAGACACCUGGAGUAGAACUGGACAGGCUCUACAUUGACUGGGACUGAUAUGAUACUGUUACAUACAUGUAUUUAACAUUUCCCAGAUUCUGAAUGUAGUUCCUACCUUGUGGGGGGUACUUUACACAAAAUGUACAGAACUUUGAGAUAGAAAUGUGUAGAGUUGACAUGAUUCCCUAUUCUACAUAAUUGAGAGACAUGAUGUCUAUUCAACACAUCUAAAAUGAUCUGUCAAUCAAUCAAUAGGUCAGCACUGGAAGACAGACUGCAUCAGUGAGACGUCAUACGACGAGGCUGAGCGGAAGAUCUCCUUCAAGAUGGACACUUUCUACGCCUUCACGCUGCUACAGGACUCGUAUGCCAACAUGCCGUUCCAGAGCUGGGAGCUCAGACCACUGGGACAGGACUCUGCCCUGCUCACCAUAACCGCAGCCCUUACUGAAGUCAGCAUCACCAUCAAGGCAAGAACUCACAAUCUGUCAUGCUCCAUCUCCUCCAUAGACAUACUGUUGGGUGCAUCUCAACAGUCUAAAAUGGCUUCCUCUAUUUGUGAACAUUCCUCAGUGAUUCAUUUCUGGAGAAACAGUAUUGUGGAAAUCUAUCCAAUGUUUUCAGUGGUAAUGAAGGAAACGAGGCUAUUAUUGUAUCGAGGCAUUGCCCAGAUCCAUGACAUAAUGCAUCCUGACUCCUCUCUCCGACAGGGCAGGAAGUGUAUGCUCCAGUCAGACCCAGGAGAGAGGACUGAACCACAUCCUGGGCCAGUGGAUGAGUCCCUCUGGCCUGCAGAAAGCCAUGGUCAGUGCCGGGGUCAACAUCUUCGUCAACCAAUACUCCGACAAAUAUGUCAGCGUAAACGCAAAGGUGAGUGCCAUCAACCCGUAUACUGUGGAUUAGAUGAUGAUGUUCCACAAAGCAAUGUGGGCACACAAUUCAUGUUGCUUGUAACACUGUUGAACCUGUAUAGCUUUUUGCAACAAAAACCUAUUAGCAACUCAUGGGAAACCUACAGUAGAUUAGGAUUGAUAGGUUGGGGUGAGAAACAUCUGAUGCAGUAUCCUUCUCCUCCCCUGUAGGACACCCCCCCCCCCCCCCCAAAAAAAAAGUGCAACAAAUCACCAACUCAUUGGAACUGAAAAUCUGGUUAGGCUUAAAUUGUGGUUGAAACACUUGUCUCAUAAUAUGAACCUUUUCUCCAGGACCCUCUGAUAGAACACGCUGUGUAUGAACAGAUGGCCCUGCUCUCCUCUGCCUCUGCCUUCUCCUGGAGCCAGUGGAACACAGUGUGGCCAGGAACAUCUGGCGCUACAGGUAGACACACACACCUAGAGAUGCAUACUGUUUAAACACACUCACAUCCUCGCUCUCGUCUGUCACGCAUACACACGUAGAAUGAGGAAGUGUGCUUGUAUAGAGGACCGCCCCAGAAAGUAACAGAAGUAGCUUCAGAAUCAGGAACAAGAGCUGCAGUGCAUAUAGGGGAAACACUGAGCUGGUUGACUGGACUUGAUUGAGAUUCACCUCUAGUACUGACCCACAUUUCCUUGCACCUGCAUAGUACUUUGUCAGUGCAGAUGGAUAGGCUAUUUACCCUACUAUUGACACCGCCUCCUUCGCCUAGCAGCCAUCCCAGUGCCAGAGUGGUUGUGGUGUGUAUGUGUCGUAGUAUUUGUACAGUAGGAUUAACAUCUCCCAGGUGUGUGAGCACCUAGACCCGGUCCGAGAGGACUCAUGGUGUGUGUACCUGCUGGGGGCCCAGAGGAACCAGAGGCUGAGGAUCAAGGAACACAGUGAGGCGUUCUCUCCAGAACUGGACCCCGGCAGUGAGUUCCACUCCACCUUCCUGCACAUGCUACGAGACAGCAUGUCCCCCACAGGACAGGAACGACACUCACCACCUGUUUGUCGAUGCCGUGCAUAG